AUGUACUUCAUGCCACCUCUUGUUGGAGAUCCCAAGGUUUCUCAAUGUGUGCUAUUCAUAUCCGAAAUAGCUAACGUGACCUUUCAAAACACGCCGGCGCUGCAGCUUUUAGAACUGCGAGCGCCAGAAAGUUGUAGAAAGGAUCGCAAGGUUAUCCAGAAUAUGGACUUCAAUGACUAUGGCGUGGUUAUUUUGGACACUAAAUCGAGGGAGGGGCAGGGCACUCUGGACAGAUUUGUAACUGAAGCGCCACCUGACUCCGUCAAGCUUUCUAUACCAAGCAAGAAAGAACUACUGGAUAGCCAAAUAUUCAUCGUCAUUUCGAAAUUUGAUCACAAAAAAGAAAAGAGGAGGCAGACCACACGGGAGCCAGCUAUGUGCAAUUCGAUGCCAAAAGGAACGAGUUCUUAG